AUGCAAGGAAGAUAUAUGGUGCGCAUAGAAAAUAUUGGAGACAAAGAAGGAUGCAACAGGGAUAUUAAAAAGGUCAUGCAAAAAUGGAAAACAGAGAACAAAAACAUUUAUGGAACUAAAGUGGUAAGUAAAAUGUUUCGCCAAAUAAUUUUGGUGGUGUGUCAGUUUUCAAACACGUACCAUAUAACAAUUAUUCAACUUCAUUGAUAAAUUAAUGUCUAUGAAGAUCCUGACAAAUAUGUAAGCGAAGUUACUAAUUAUAUAAAGUUGUUUUGAUUUAUUUUAUUAAGGUUCUGAGAAAUUACGAAGUGAUCGUGCAAUUGCCUGAGAAUUGUUUUGACUUGGUCCUACAAAUUGAAAAAAAAUUCUUGCCGGAGAGUUACCUCAUGUCACUGAAGCUCCAACAAUAACCCAGAGUUUUUUCAAGUUUUUGAAUGGCAAAAGUCCAGAAGAGUCGUAUGAAUUACUUAGAGCUGUACAGGACGAACAAAAGACUUCAACAGAGUUAAACUACCGGGUGUCCCAAAAAAAGUACUCCGGUUUGAUGUAUAAUAACUUCUAAACAAGUAAAGCUAUCAAACAGAAAUAACUUGCAUUAAAUAGAGGAAGGACUAACGUAGAUUUUUAUAUAUUACAGUUGUAUUUUACUUAAAAAUUCACGGAGAUAUUAAAGUUCAAAAUCGGAAGCUUUUUUUUGGGAUGUGUCUAAAAUUAGCGAAAAUCGGCAUAUCAAAUAUUAACUUCAGCGUUUGUUUGCUUGAUGGCAUAUCAGGCUAACUUGUUUUUCAGAGAAUUGUCGUUAGGGUUUGUAAGGGAUAUGGCGUAUAUUUAGACUUCUUACAUGUAAGCUAAGUCUUAGCUCAUUUUUUCCUGAAAUAUGAACAUACGAAAUUAUGCAAGUAUUUAAUAGGUCUUUACAAACUUUACAAAUUUAUAAGGUACAUGAAAGACCAUGCAAGGCAGGUGCUUAAUGGGUUCAAAACAAUUAAUGGGUGCAAAACAGAGUUGAUUAUUUCUCGGUUAGAGCAGGAUGAAUAUUAUUCUGCAAUGAAGGAAAUAAUAUUGCUUUUUGCAAAUACACAUCACAGUAUCAACGCUACUAUUUUGUUACGUUUUGUUCCAAAAAUGUUGGAUGUCUCCAGGGAGUUGCAUGCUUAAUUGUUAUGUCUUAUGGAGUUGUAUGGUUUGAUUGUGUUUCAUUCUCAGUUUAUUGUGAACUUAAAAAGAUUAAGAAAAGGCAAAUGAGUGUUUGAGUGUUCUUAACAAGAUUUCAGAACAUUGCAGAAGUUAGAAGAGCUUCACAAUUCCAUUGUGACAGCAUGCCCUAAUUCAGAACUACGAACGAUCCAUGACGAUCCUUCGCAAUGCAGUGGUCUCAUGAAAUAAGGAAACGUAUUCGUGCUAGGAACACACACAGAUUUCGGACAAAUAAAUAUUGCUUGUAUUUUGUAGAUAAUAAUACAGACUUUGUUUCAUAAUAAACAAUUUGUCAAGUGUCAUUUAUUUACUGGUAAUCGUGCAUGUUUCAGUCAGGCAAAUCUUGAUUAAUAUUUGAUACGCCGUUUUUUGCAUAUUUCAGACGCAUCCAGAAAUAUGCUCCCGAUUUUAAACAAUAUCUCUGUGAAUUUUUAAGUGAAAUACAACUGUAAUAUAUCAAAAUCUAAGUUAGUCCUUCCUCUAUUUGAUGCAAGUUAUUUCUCUUUAAAAGGUUUACUUGUUUAGAAGUUAUUACGAAUCAAACCAGAGUACUUUUUUUGGGACACCCGGUAUAUUCCAACAGGAAAGGUUGCAUAUAAUUUAUUUUUUAUUGCUUUUUUCUUUGUACUGUUCGCACACUUAUAUAUAUAUAUAUAUAUUUUUUAACAUAGCAUUAUCAUUCAUUUAUAGAAAUGCCUAACAGAAAUGGAACAGGUAAUUACACAAAACCUAAUGAACACAAAUUAUUAUCAUCAUCUUUCAUGCAAACAUAUAUUACGAGUGCACACAUUUUCAGCUCAUGUUUUUGUGAGUUCUUAACUUAUGUAUAGCUAUCAUCAAAUGUUCAAUAUAGUUAAAGGAGACCAUUACGGCACAGCGAAAUCAGCUCAAAAAAUAUGAAACACAGGAAAAUAAAUACUCCCUGGUAUGUAUCAAGUAUACACUUCUCACACGUCAAGAGAAACAAUUUAAUUUGCGUGCACUAAUCAUCCCAAUAGAUGUCAAAUUUAAGGACAAUCCCUCUGACACUGUACUAUCCGAUAAAAACAAUGAACCACGUGCUUGCAAGAGCAGCACAAUACAAGAUAAUUCACCAGUGAAUUUACCAGAACACCUGAAAGAUUUAGGCGGCUUGACAGAGGAGCAGAGGAACCUGGCGUCAAAAUUGCUGGUCGAACAAGCCGAUGCGUUUGCUAAGAACGAUGAUGACGUUGGUCAUAUCCCUCAUCUGCAAAUGAACAUUCAGCUGAAUGACACUAAACCUGUCCAAAAGAACUACGUUGCUGUGCCUCUCUCUCUCUACCCGGAGGUGAAGGCAUACAUUGAAGACCUCCUAAAUCGAAAUUUUAUUCGUAAGUCCAAUUCACCAUAUAGCUCACCCGUAGUUUGUGUGAGGAAAAAAGACCAAACUUUAAGACUGUGUGUUGAUUAUCGCGAACUGAACAGGAAAACGCAGAUAGAUCGCCACCCCAUCCCGAGAAUUCAGGAAACUCUUGACAAUCUUGGAGGGAAUUGUUGGUUCUCCAUACUUGACCACGGGAAAGCUUACCACCAAGCAAGGAUUUCUGAAACCCGAAAGUCAACCCCUCACAGCAUUCAUCACACCUUGGGGAUUGUACGACUGGGUCCACAUCCCAUUUGGCCUUUCCAAUGCCCCAGCUUCUUUUCAGCGUUUUAUGGAGUCGUGUUUAGGUGACCUCCGAGAUGAAAUCUGUAUUCCAUAUCUUGAUGAUAUCAUAGUUUUCAGUUUUAAUUUUAACGACCAUAUUGAACACUUACGAAAAGUCUUUCAACGUCUUAAGGAACAUGGUGUUAAAUUAAAACCCAAAAAGUGCAAUAUGUUUAAGAAAGAAGUUGUUUUCCUGGGGCGAGUAGUCUCUGGCGAAGGGUACAAACUUGACCCCUCAACUAUUGCCCCGAUUUUACGCCUCAAAGCUACACCACCUAAGACAGUGAACGAAGUUCGAAAGUUAAUGGGGAUUCUUGAACUAUUAUCGGCAGUAUAUUGCCAAUUUCUCAAGGAUUGCCAAGCCGAUUUACGAUCUCGCGAAGGUGUCGGAAAAUGA